GUGAUGGUGGCGAAGCAGACCCAACAGGUAAAUCACUUUAGCGACCAGCAAACCCGCAUCCAGCAGUACUUGCUGGUGGCGGAUCCGCCUGUUUGUUGUUUCGCAAUUAUGAAAAGCAAGUUUGGGGUGAUGCUUGUUGGUUGUGAGGACAAUGCAGCCUUCUUUGCAUUGUCAGCUAAGCAUGGCAUCAGCUAUGUGUGUUUAUUGACCAGGUGAUGCAGCGUUGGAGCCUGGUAUAUUCGCAGUAUAAAGUGGCAGCGGUUCGAUGCACUAAGACAAACAGCAUACCUAUGUAGAAUACGGCAAUGCAAGGGGAUACCACCAGCACUGGGGCAACAUGGCCGACAGUCGUGGCAGCGACCACUCUCGCAGCAGCAGCA